GUCAUGUUGCUAUCUAGUUAGCUAGCCUGCAGGAUAAAUUAAUUCAUAAUGGAAAUAAAUAAAUAGAUACAGGUUAUUAACAGUGAUUAAGAAGACAUGGUGUUGCAACGUGAACGAUGAUUCUGCGUUUAGCUGAGUCGCUUCAGUCAAAAGUCAUCGAAGGCAGCACAAUCAAAAGAGAAGACUAAGAGCGGCGCCAUGGCGGCUGGUGUUAGUCUGCCCUACUCCUCCUCUGGGGACCUCAACACGGGCAAGAGCAUGAACACAGUCAGUACGCAGGUCCCCACAGCCAAGUACACCAAGGUGGGGGAGACUUUGAGACAUGUGAUCCCAGGCCACAUGCAGUGCUCCAUGGCGUGUGGAGGGAGAGCCUGUAAAUACGAGAACCCUGCCCGCUGGAGUGACAAGGAGCAGGCCGUUAAGGGACUCUACUCCUCAUGGAUAACUGACAACUUGCUGGCGAUGGCAAGGCCUUCUACUGAAAUCCUAGAGAAAUACAAUAUCAUAGAGCAGUUUACAAGGUGUGGCCUUCGUACGGUGAUCAACCUGCAGCGUCCCGGGGAACAUGCCAGCUGUGGUAACCCUCUGGAACACGACUCUGGAUUCACCUACAGACCUGAGAUGUUCAUGGAGGCUGGCAUUUAUUUCUAUAACUUUGGCUGGAAGGACUACGGCGUGGCGUCCCUAACAACUAUACUGGACAUGGUCAAGGUGAUGUCUUUCGCCGUCCAGGAGGGAAAGAUGGCCGUGCAUUGUCACGCCGGCCUAGGGAGAACAGGUGUGUUACUGGCGUGUUAUCUGGUGUUCACCUCUCGUAUGAGUGCGGACCAGGCCAUCCUGUUCGUCAGAGCCAAGCGGCCCAACUCCAUCCAGACCCGAGGCCAGCUGCUGUGUGUCCGGGAGUUCGCUCAGUUCCUGGUUCCGUUGAGGAACGUGUUCUCCUGCGCAGAACCCCGGGCCAACGCCGUUACGCUGUCCCAGUACCUGACUCGCCAGCGCCACCUGCUGCACGGGUACGAGGCGCGGCAGAUGAAGAACGUGCCAAAGAUCGUCCAGCUGAUCUGCAAGGUCCUCCUGGACAUCGCUGCCAACAGACAGGUGGUGGUGGAGGAGGAGGUGGUGGAGGUUCCAGACCUGACGGCUGAGGUGGAGAAAACAGUGUCCCAGCAGGCCAUCCAGCUGCUGGGGAAGGAGAUGAGAGGGAAGGGCAUCCCUGUGCCUUCACCCUGCCAGCCUGGUCCCCAACCUGAGACAGCCCUAACCCACACACUACACAUGGAACGACUUCUCACUCCAAACCUAGUACUACUCCAGGAACCAUCGCUACUCCUAGACCCCUCUCUCAGCCCAACCCUGGCCCAGGAACCAUCACUACUCCUAGACCCCUCUCUCAGCCCAACCCUGGCCCAGGAACCAUCACUACUCCUAGACCCCUCUCUCAGCCCAACCCUGGCCCAGGAACCAUCACUACUCCUAGACCCCUCUCUCAGCCCAGCCCUGGCCCACCACCGAGUUCUGUGGAGCAACCAGGAGCUGGACCCUCUGUGGCAGCGGCAGAACAGGGUGGCAGCCUCCCUACUGAAGCCUCUGCAGCCGGGGAAACGAUUGCUGAGCUACAGCGACUCAGCCCUGUAUAAGCUAGACCCCAGACGAGACCCGGACCGGGAGCAGAACCAGGUCUGGAGCAUCCCUCGCUGCAGCCCUCUGACCCAGCCCCAGCACCACCUAGCCUUAGCCUGGGAUUCCCCCAGGUCCCCUAGCCUCCCUCCACAGCACCACCCCUUCUCCGUGGGAGAGCAGACGAGGGAGGAAAGGCGAGGAGGACAGGACAGGAGUUCUGAGGAGAAGGAUCACCACCUGACCCAGAAGAACACGUCUCCUCUGUUCCAGAGGCGGGCGCAGCUCUGUGAGGGCAAGCGAAGUCUGUCCUUUGGGUUUGGGGAUAGUCUGUCCAAGCCUUUAGGAGAAGAGCUGUCAGAGGGGAGGCCGUGGAGAGGAGAUAUGCCUGUGAUGAGCCCUACAGGAGGAGAGGAAUCUGUGUGUGGGGUAGACAGGGCUGGAGACAGAGAGGAACGGGAGGACAGAGAGGAACGGGAGGACAGAGAGAACGGAGAGGACAGGGAGAGGCUGACAGAACGCCCUGUCAUCACCCUGUAUGCUGAGCUGUCCCUGGAAGCUAGACGUUUGCUGGUGGCCAGAGCUCUGGCUUUUGGCCUGAAGGAUGAAGAUCUCCGCUACAAGGUCUCAGUGUGGCAGACAGAGCUGAACUCCAGAGAAGGCGCCUGGGAGAGGCUGAGUCUAGAGAGAGACCCUAUGGUGCUGGCUGGUCUCAUGUGGUCCUGGCUGGAGCAGCUCAAAGAGCCAAUCAUCUCCUCUCAGGAUGUCCAGGCCCUGUGCCAAAACAACUGCAACUCUCAGCAUGCACUCAACUCUCUGGAGAAGAGCCACAGACUGACCCUGCUCUGCAUCCUGGACUGUGCUGCUCAUCUGCUGGCCUUACCUGACAAGGUGGAAGCUGACUUCCUCCAUCACACCAUCAAGGUCUUCACUAAGAUAUCCUCAGAGAGUGACCAUGCUCUACACCAGACACUGAUAGCCAUCCUGACUCCCGUCCUGCACCAGCUGAGAGAGAGAGCAGAGGGGGAGAUGGAGACUACCAACCACUCCUCCUGAUGUUCCCUCAGACCUCCUGCCUCUUCUCCUCCCUCCUCUCCCCCCUCCUCCCCUGUUCUUUGCUUCCAGUUUAACCCAGCUCCGUUCUGACUAGCUAACCUCCUCCCUCCUCUCCUCUCCUCUCCUCACCUCCACCUCCUUCUCUGUCCUGACCCCACGUUAACCCAGUUCUGUUCUGACUAGCUAACCUCCUCCCCCUCUUUCUCUCUUCUGGCCCCACCCAAAAACUAUCUUCUGGUAUUUGUUUCAUUAGUCCAUUGUUGACAUAGUCUCAAACUGUUUUGCUUGUCAGCAAUCAAGUUUUUAAGAUACGUAAAUGUAUCAUAUGGGGAUCAUUUCUGUAUUUUGAAAGUUACAUAUCUUGAAAACUUGAUUGCUGACAAGCAAAAUAGUUUUGGGACUAUGUCAACAAUGGACUAAUGAAACAAAUACCAGAAGAUUUUGGGUGGAGUUUUCCUUUAACCGAGCUCUGUCCUGACUAGCUAACUGCUGCGCGGUGUUCUGUUACCAAGCUUUAGAUUAAAUAAUAAUGUUGUACGACAACGUGAUGUGAUUUCAGCAUCGAGGUUUAUUUUUGUUUGUUUGAAGCUAUUUCUGACUGUUUGUUUUUUUAUCAAAAAACUGCCAUACUGUGUUAAUGUGCCAGGUAUUAUCUGUUAUAUACUCUGUUCUCUGUUAUAUACUCUGUUCUCUGUUAUAUACUCUGUUCUC